AGAGAGACAGAAAAACACUUCGCAGAAGAUUGUUUCAAAUCUGAGGCGAGGCUGCGCAAAGCGAAUGGUGCGCUGUGUCGUUUUCCGGGAGCUUCUCCUGUCCGACAACGGCUGAGGUGCAACCUCUCGUAUUCAGCGAGCUGAAGAGCGAGGGAGGACUCUCCCUUCGUUUGUUUAACAAGCCCCCUGAUCUGCAAGUUCAACAAAGCGCCUUGAGCGCUAAGCGAAACGGCAUUUCCAUCUGGAUUCGUACAGUUCUCAGCUCUGACUAAACACAAAGCGACUUGUUGAUGGGUUUGGAGGCGCUGUGCAUACUUUUCAUAUGUAAAGUACAAAUUCGGGUCGCGUAGCGUUAGUGUUACAUUUUUUCUCCGGCGUUCUAUUUGCGUCAUGACUUCUAGUUAUGUGCAUGUAAUGGACAGACAAGCUUCACUACCAAGCCGCCUGGAGAGUCCGAUUACAGCCAAUCUGGAAAACCUACAGGCUAAGAAAAACUUCUCGGUUAGUCACCUGUUGGACCUGGAGGAGGCCGGGGAGAUGGUAGGGACACCGACGGAGGAGAGUACUGGAGAGGCGGGAAGGAGUAUGUUGGAAUCUCCGGGACUGACUAGCGGCAGCGACACUACGCAACAGGAGAAUGAGCAGCUGAACUCAGAGGAGAAGAAGAAGAGGAAGCAGAGAAGGAACAGGACCACCUUUAACAGCAGCCAGCUGCAGGCCCUGGAGAGGGUGUUCGAGAGGACGCAUUACCCCGACGCCUUCGUCCGCGAGGACCUGGCACGUCGAGUCAACCUCACUGAGGCGCGUGUACAGGUGUGGUUCCAGAACAGGCGGGCCAAGUUUCGCCGGAAUGAGCGGGCAAUGUUGGCCAGCAAGAACGCAUCCCUCCUCAAGUCCUACUCCGGGGACCUCGCAGCUGUGGAGCAGCCCAUUGUGCCUCGUCCCGCCCCGCGACCAAACGACUACCUGUCCUGGGGCUCCUCCUCCCCAUACAGCACCAUGGCAACCUACCCACCCAACUGCGCCAACACCAACACCACCCAGGGGAUGAACAUGGCGAACAGCAUUGCCAACCUGCGCCUAAAGGCCAAGGAGUACAGCCUGAGCCAGGUGCCGACAGUCAACUGA